AUGGUUCUCAUCGAAAGCCUCUUUACUCUGUGUAGGAGUCAGAGAGGCAAGAGCGAGCGAGCGAGCUGUACUAUUCUCCUCCGUCUGUAUGAGCGUCUGUGGUCGUACUACGCUGACUUGCGACACCACGUAUCGAUAGACGCUGCCCAUAGAUUCGAGAUUUGCAUUAACUACAUCCAAUACCACUGUGCGUUGGCAGUAUCUCCAUCGCCGUAUGACUUGCCCUAUCUCAAGGCGUCGCUUGAACUGACCAAGGUUCUUGAGAUGGGAGACACAACUCUUCGUAGGCCUGUCGAUAUAUACGACAAGCUGAAUGAGAUCUUUCUGGGUCUGUCAGGCUCGGAUGAGGCUUUCAUUGAGUUUUUGCGCCUUGUUGAGGAACGAUUGAGUAUUCUCAUGUCAAGCAAACCUCUGCUUAUGACAGAGAAGAGACCAUCCCCAUCAAGUCUUAGAGACAGUAUGCAAAGAAGCACGGCUACGGUCAUGUGCGCAGUAUCUCCAGCUUGA